UACCAAAAUUCUAUUAUUAUUGCCAGCUCCUUCACUUCCAACUGGCAAAUUGCCGAAUAUCCCGUACAUAAUAAGAUCAACCUGAUUUCCGGCGGGCGUCUUGCCUUCUCUUCUUCGUCGAACCUCCGAGUAUUACCCGUUUGGGAACUCCCUGCUUCAAAACGACCAUCUCUCCUCUCGCUUUCUUCCACCCCCUGGGACCUUCUAUCGUUUGAAUUUCGAAUCCACUCAAUUCAUAAACGACCGUUGAAUAUUGCAUUAAGGCGCCAUGGCAUUGUCAACUCGCCUGCUCCAACUGCUUCUCCUAUUCCUUAUCGCCUUGUCUGCGAUUGCCGCUCCGGCUGCCGAUCAGUCCGAAUCCGAAGCCCCCUCGGUCGCCAACAGCAUCCAAGAGACCUCCCUCCACAAGGCUCUGCAUUUGUUCCAGCGGUUCAGCCACGGCAUCUUUGGGUCCGAUGAGGAAGCCGCUGCGGCUCUUCGGCGGGAUGAUGCGUCGUUGGUUGAACACUUGAAUCUGGUCAAGCGAGCGGAUGGCAACUCGACGGCUGCUGUAGAGACGACGAGCCAGGCCUCGGAGCCGGCCACGACUUCUGCCGCGGCGGCAGCGACUACUGCUCAGGCGGAAAGUUCCACUAGCAGCGCGCAGCCCGAGACGACUGCUGCGGCAACUACUGCCGCUCCUACGACCACUGCUGCCCGCACGACCGCUGCAAGAUCUACGACUAGCUCUAGUAGCACUCACAUGACCUCCACGACCUCCACCACGUCCUCCACAACAUCCACCUCCUUGACUUCAUCUAAAACCACUUCCGCCACCUCGACCUCGACCUCGACCUCCACUUCGACCACCCUCGAAACCACCACCUCCACCACCUCCACCACCUCCUCGUCCACCUCAUCCCAGGACUCCACCUCUACCACAGAUGACAGCACGACCACCUCGGCCAAAACCACACCCUACACCUCCACCUACAAGAUUACCACCACGCUGCCCAACGGCCAGCAGAGCACCGUCACCGCCAUCACCGUCAUCCACCCCACCGAGACAGCCCACGAGGUCGCCACCGGCACCCGGGGCUCCCCCAGCCUGCAAACCGACUCGGGUGCCUCCACCCACGGUCUCGGCCGGGAGCUGUUCGUGAUGGUCGGCGGCGCCGCCGUCGUGGCCAUGGCUUUGUAGAUAUUUGGGGGUCCCGAAUCGUUGUUUGCUGCCUGCCCGCAUAAAUCGCAUUUUCCGGCGUUCUUAUUUUCCUGCCCAGCUUUGUCUCUUCCAUGAUACCUCUCACUAUGUUACGAUCCUUAUGGCAAGCAUAUACUUUGAGCCCUUGGCGUGUCCGACUUGAUGUCUCUCCUUCAGCGCAUAUUGUUUUUCUUUUCAGGCCGGAGCGGGGAAGUGAGAUGAAUAGUAUCAAAAGCCUGUGCAUAAUUAGAAAGGUGCUUCUCUAACUGGAUCAUCUUACGGGGACUACGACACCCGAAUGAGCACAUACUGAUUCUUGCAGUC